CUGCCCACCCCCGCCAGCCCUGUUCCGCUUCCGGUCAACCAGGCUCUGGGUUGCGGAAAGUUGUUGCUGCGGAGGGCGCGAUGGGGAAAUCAGAUUUUCUUACCCCUAAGGCCAUCGCCAACAGGAUCAAGUCCAAGGGGCUUCAGAAGUUGCGCUGGUAUUGCCAGAUGUGCCAGAAGCAGUGCCGGGACGAGAAUGGCUUUAAGUGUCAUUGUAUGUCCGAAUCUCAUCAGAGACAACUGUUGCUGGCUUCAGAAAAUCCUCAGCAGUUUAUGGAUUAUUUUUCAGAGGAAUUCCGAAAUGACUUCCUAGAACUUCUCAGGAGACGCUUUGGAACCAAGAGGGUUCACAACAACAUCGUUUACAAUGAGUACAUCAGCCACCGAGAGCAUAUCCACAUGAACGCCACGCAGUGGGAGACGCUGACAGAUUUUACUAAGUGGCUGGGCAGAGAAGGCUUGUGCAAAGUGGAUGAAACACCAAAAGGCUGGUAUAUUCAGUAUAUAGAUAGGGACCCUGAGACGAUCCGCCGGCAGCUGGAACUAGAGAAGAAGAAGAAGCAGGACCUUGAUGAUGAAGAAAAAACUGCCAAAUUUAUUCAAGAACAAGUGAGAAGAGGUCUGGAGGGGAGAGAGCAGGAAGUCCCUGUUUUUACGGAAUUAAGCAGAGAAAAUGAUGAAGAAAAAGUUACAUUUAAUUUGAAUAAAGGAGCGUGUAGUUCAGGAGGAGCAUCUUCCAAAUCAAGUUCUUUGGGACCAAGUGCUCUGAAGACAGUAGGGAACGCAGCAUCGGUGAAACGGAAGGAGUCUUCCCAGAGCUCAGCUCAGUCAAAAGAAAAGAAGAAGAAGAAAUCUGCACUCGAUGAAAUCAUGGAGAUUGAAGAGGAGAAGAAAAGAGCUGCCCGAACAGAUUACUGGCUCCAGCCUGAAAUUGUAGUGAAAAUUAUAACCAAAAAACUUGGAGAGAAAUAUCAUAAGAAAAAGGGGAUUGUUAAGGAAGUAAUUGACAAUUACACCGCUGUGGUGAAGAUGAUUGAUUCUGGAGACAAGCUGAAACUUGACCAGACUCAUUUAGAAACAGUAAUUCCAGCACCAGGAAAAAGAAUUCUCGUUUUAAAUGGAGGCUACAGAGGAAAUGAAGGUACCCUAGAAUCCAUCAAUGAGAAGACUUUUUCAGCUACUAUAGUCAUUGAAACCGGCCCUUUAAAAGGACGCAGAGUUGAAGGAAUUCAAUACGAAGACAUUUCUAAACUUGCCUGAGUUUGAUAACUUGUUAACAGCACAUUAAAAUCUUAAAGCAUCAAAUUGGUGUUCACAAAGGCAUUACAAGACUCUACUGUGUUAGGGUGUUUCUUUUGUAUAAAACAAAUGGAUUUAUUUAAAUAUUACUGUAUAGUUGUUUAGCUAAACUUACAGAAAAAUCUAGUUAUGUCUCAUGAAGUAUCAAAAUUGUGUAAUUUUGUCUUUGUUAUUUUUAUUUCCUUUGUAAUAUUUCCUUGAUGAUUUUUUAUCUUCAUUAAAAGAACAUUAUUGUAAAGUGUUUUAUAUAGGACAAUUUAGAAUCAUAUAGUUAGAGGAAAUCCUUCAUAUAUUCUAAAUUUCUAUUUUCAUCAGUAAAGUAGUAAAGUUGAACUGUAAAUAUAAUUACAUUUUAAAGAGUCAAACUAUAAAUAGAAUAGCAGCUUUAUUGAGAUAUAAUUCACACACACCAUACAAUUUCACCCAUUUAAAGUGGACAUUUCAGUGGUAUUUAGAAUAUUUACAAAGUUGUGCAAGCACCACCACUAUCUAAUUGGAAACAUUUUCAUCACCCCCGAAAGUAACCCUGUAUCCAUAGUCACUCCUAACCUCCCCUCUGUCCCCAGCCCCUGGCAACUACUAAUCUACUUUCCGUCUCUGUGUAUUUGCCUGUUUUGGACAUUUCAUAUAAAUGGAAUCAUACGAUAUGCGAUCUUUUAUGACCAGCUUCUUUCACACAGCAUAAUGUUUUCAAGGGUUAUCCACGUUGUAGCACGGAUCACUAUCUCAUUCCUUUUCAUUGAACAAUUAUCCAUCAUAUGGGUAUACCGCAUUUUUAAAAAACUAUUCAUCAGUUGCUGGAUUUGGGUUGUUUCCGCUUUGAGGCAAUUAUGAAUAAUGCUGCUGUGAACAUUCGUGUACAAGAUUUUGUGUGAACGUACGUUUUCAGAUCCUAGGAUUGGAGUCAGUCAUACUGUAACUCACUCAUGUUAUACCAUGUUUAACAUUUGAAGAGCUGCCAGGCCGUGUUCCAAAGUGGCUACACCAUUUUACAAUCCCACCAGCAAUGGUGAGCUGUCCAUUUUUAAAUAAGUAGGGCAGCGUAUUAUGAAGGGAUACAAAAGACAGGAAACCCACCUCACAGUUGCUUAUGGGAAAAAAAAAAGGAAGUUUAUAGUUCAUAUAACUGCGAAGGAGCAGACCCUCGAUUCAAGUGAGAUUCAGGGUGCAAGCAGUCCAGAUUCAGGGCUGGGCCCCUGUCAUCUCUGGCUUCUGUGUUGGGUUCAUUCAAGGUACUUUUCAAAACAGCAAGAUGACUGCCAGCAUCUCCAGCCUCCAGGUUUACAUCUUACCCUUCUGUCACAGUUCCAGCAAAAAACCUGGGAUUGAGUCUUAUGGAUCCACACCGGGACAGAUCAUUCCAAGUAAAAGGACUGGAAUACUACCGACUGGCCAGACUUGUAUUGUAUUCCAACCCAUGGGCCAUCCCUCUGGAACCCCACCCUUAGGGGAGGGGUGAUAAAUCUAUUAUCAGAAGGUGGGAGAGUAUUUGCUGGUGAACAGAGACAGAGGAGGCAGCGAAAGAAAUAGUAAUAGGGUGAUGUCAGUAGCUUUACAGAAAAUGCUAUGGGAUGAAUUAAAGCGUUUCCGAAAUAGCUGGACAGCAUCGUACUGGGGAAAGGAGCUGGAUUUUGGAGUUGGGCAGACUUUAGGUUGAAUUUUGGCUGUUCUAUUCACUAGCUAAGUCAUCUCAGGAAAGUUAAUGUUCUCGAAUUUCAAUGCUUUUAAUGUAUAAAUUGUCAAAAAUAGUGUGUCCCGGCAGGGUUGUUGUGAGAACUACAGAAAAUGCAUAUGGAGUGUCAGACGUAAAGCCCGGCACUUAGUAGGUGUUUGAUAAACGAAGUGAGCAUAGUGUCAGUAAAUGGGGGCGAGCGUUUGUGACCUGAGGAAUUUCCAUAAGGGGAAUGGUUCUCCCUGAUUAUAGUGGAUAAAUAAAACAUGACAAAUUUCAUAGGCCUCCCCCAAAUCUGUAAGUUUGGAAUCAACUCAGUGGUUUUCUUCUUAGAAAACCAUGUUUCAUCCCUACCACCCACAUUUAAUUCUUUUCUCCAGCAUCUUCCUGAAAUUGUCACAGGAUAAAAUAAAGUAGCAUUAUUGAAGGUCAACUUAAUUGAAAAAAGUCUGAAGCACAAAAAUAUGAUGCUAGACUGUAGAACCUUUUUUCCUGUAAGUUUUUAGAGGCCAAUAUGGUUAUGUUAAGCAGAGGGACUGCAGACACCUAAAAUCAAGUCUUAUGUAGACUUUUUUCUCUAUUUUCUUUUCUUUCUUUAUUAUUAUUUUUUUGGCCGAGCCACAUGGCUUGCAGGAUCUUAGUUCCCCAUCCAGGGAUUGAACCUGGGUCCCCUGCAGUAGAAGCGCAGAGUCCUAACCACUGGACCGCCAGGGAAUUCCCUGACUAUUUUUUUCUUUUUAAAGCAUCGUAAGCUAUUCUUUUUAAAAAAAAAAAAAAAUAGACUUUAUUUUUUAGAGCAAUUUUAAGUUCACAGCAAAAUUAAGCAGAACGUGUAGAGAUUUCCCACGUGCCCCCUGCCCCCCGAGCCACAGCCUCCCUACCAUCAGCACCCCCACCAGAUGGUGCAUCUGUUAUAACUGAUGACCCUGCAUGGACACGUCAUCCUCACCAAGCAUCCGUAGCUGACGUCAAGAGUUCACUCUUGGGAUUGUACAUUCUAUGGGCUUGGACUAAUUUCUAAUGAAAUACAUUCACCAUUAUGGUAUCAUGCAAAAUAGGUUCCUCAGUCUGAACAUCCACCUGCUCAUCCCCCCUCCCCUGCCUGCCUCCAUCAACCAGUGAUCUUUUUACUGUCUACAUAGUUUUGCCUUCCCCAGAAUGUCUGGUAGUUGGACUCAUACAGUAUGUAGCCUUUUCAGACUGGCUUCUUUUACUGGGUAAUAUGCAUUUGUUUCCUCCACGCGUCUUCUCGUGGCUUGAUGGCUCUUUUUUUUUUAAGUGCUGAGUAAUACCACCUUAUCUGUAUAUACCACAGAGUAUUUAUCCAUUCACCUACUGAGGGACAUCUUCGUUGCUUCCAAGUUUUGUCAACUAUGAAUGAAGCUGCUAUAAACCUACGUGUGUAGAUUUUUGUGCAGGCAUAAGUUUUCAACUCAUUUGGGGAAAUACCAAGGAGCGUGGUUCCUGGAUUGAAUGGUAAGAUUGACUUCCGAAGUGGCUGUUCUGUUCUGUAGUCCUGCAAGCAAUGAAUGAGAGUUCCUGUUGCUCCACCUCCUUGCCAGCAUUUAGUGUUGUCUUGAUUUUGGCAUUCUAAUAGGUGUGUAGUAGUAUCUCAUUGUCUUAAUUUGCAAUCCCUAAUGACAUAUGAUGAUGAGCAUCUUUCCAUAUGUUUAUUUGCCAUCUGUAUAUCGUGUCUAUUCAAGUCUUUUGCCAUUUUUAAAUUGGGUCAUUCACUUCCUUACUGUUGAGUUUUAAGAGUUCUUUGUAUAUUUUGGAUGAUCGUCUUAGAUAAUAUCUUUUGUAAAUAUUUUCUCUCUGUCUGUGGCUUCUGUUUUUGGAAAGCUGUUCUUUUUCACCAGCUUGCUUGAGGUCAUAUCAAAUUAUUGGCAUUGAUAUCUUAGGAAACCAAAUUCCUUGAGUUUUCUUCAUUAGGAAUGCCGUCAGAUCCCAUUGCCUUAUUUGCUCUUUUUACCCUUGUGUACUUCUAACUCCCUAUCAGUUUUUGCUGACACGUUUGAGUGAAUUUAUUCAACAAACAUUUACUAAAGCGCCUCCCCUAAGUAAAUGAUCGCAGGAGGUGCUGGAGAUAAAAGGGUGAGAAGCAGGUGUAGGCCCAAGAUGGGUGUCGUGUAGGAUUGACAAUGUUUAGUGAAUUGAUAUUCAAAUGAAAUGAUUGGCCGAUAAAGAGAAAUUAGCUAAUUUGGAGUAGCUACUUAAAAACCCGCCCUGGGACUUCCCUGGCUGUCCAGUGGUUAAGUCUCUGCGCUCCCAAUGCAGGGGGCCUGGGUUCCAUCCCUGGUCAGGGAAUUAGAUCCCACAUGCCGCAACUAAGACCUGGUGCAGCCAAAAAAAAAAAACCCGCC